AUGCGAUCCAUAAUCUCAAUGCCCUUGAAGGCAUUAUCACUGCUCCUCAUCCUGGUUUUCAUAUUUCCGCUGGUUUCGGGCCAUCCUAAGAAACCCUGCGCAAAGCCUGGUGACAAAAACCCCGGCGGCGAACGGGUGAUACCGAGAGGCGCUUGCAAGGAUCCCAAGUUCCCACGUAAUAUAUGUACUACUGUCAAAGCCGGGACCGAGGACAAUGAGGUACCGGACACAGGAAUAGCUAGUCCGCCUGGGGGAGGACAGAACCCCAAUGACUUUCCUUGUGGAAAUCUUGAAAUCAGAUUUCCAAUGUGCUGUACGGGUACAAUUCCAGUCAGAACAGGAACAACACCUACAGAUCCAAAAGAUACUAAAAAGGAUUGUAGAAAAGCCACUCCCCCUUAG